AUGGCUGCCGCCGUAGCGAACCCGCCCAAGCACGACUGGGCCGACGACGACGAUAUCGAGGAGACUUCCACCGAUCUCCCAGAGCCUCAGACCAUCUCCAACAAGGAUGGAACAAAGACCAUCAUCACAUUCCGUUACGAUGACGACGGCCGAAAGGUCAAGACCACCCGCCGAAUUCGCUUCACCACCCACACCGAGACCGUAAACCCCCGCGUCGCCGACCGAAAAACCUGGCCCAAGUUCGGCCUCAGCGCAAAGGAUCCCCCCGGCCCUGCCCCCGACACCACCUCCGUCGGCGAGAACAUCAUCUUCCGACCAAGCGUCAACUGGCGAAAGGCCGAGAAGGAUGAGUCCACCGACGCCAACGCCCAGUCCAUGAAGGACAAGCUCAAGGACAAGCAGGUCAAGUGCCGUAUCUGCAACGGUCAGCAUUUCACUGCCAGAUGUCCCUACAAGGACACCAUGGCGCCUAUUGGAGAGACUCCCGCUGGGGAUGUUGCUGCUGGUAUGGGAGACGAGGCCUCGGCUGCUGGCGCGGGCGCUGCUGGUGCCAACAAGAAGGGCUCAUAUGUUCCUCCCGCUCUGCGUGGAACCGGAACAGCUGGCGAGAGAAUGGGAUCCAAGUUUGGCGAGAGGGACGACUUUGCUACACUACGCGUUACCAACGUCUCCGAGAUGGCAGAGGAGCAAGAGCUGCGCGACAUGUUCGAGCGCUUCGGCCGCGUCACCCGAGUAUUCCUUGCCAAGGACCGGGAAACAGGUAUGGCCAAGGGCUUUGCGUUCAUCAGCUUCGCGGACCGGGGCGAUGCCGUCAAGGCCUGUGCGAAGAUGGACGGAUUCGGUUUCAAGCAUCUCAUUCUGCGGGUGGAGUUUGCCAAGAAGGCUCAGUAA